UCCAUUGGGGUUGUGUAAAGAGGCAAAAUUAGAAAGAAUUGUGUCACAGUCCAAAUACUUAUGGCCCUGACCGUAUGUAGAUUCCUUUAAUUAUUGCGGAUUUAGAUGAGUGGAGAUCAAAAAUGUGAAGGAAUAUUUUGACAUGUUUAGGCCUUUGGAUAAACAAACAAGAUAUAAUAUGUCAAUUAGUAAGCUUGUUGCUGGUAAGUGGUCUGUUUCUACAUUAGAACAGACCAAAGCUAGCUGUUUCUCCCUGUUUCCCAUCUUUAUGCUAAGCUAAGAUGACCACCUGCUGGCUCUUCAUAUUUAAUGUGUACUACUGGAUAUGUUGUAUCUUAUUUGCUUAAUCUGUAAAAAGAGAAAAAUGUAAAAAGGACAAUUCAUGGUUUUAGAGAACAGUGUCUGGGUUCAGCUGUUUGCAUCACUUGCUUCCAGUCUGUAUGCUAAGCUAAGCUAAUUACCCCCUUGCUCCAGCUCCAUGCUUUACUCGACCUUCUCACUUAACAUUUAAAGGUCUCAUAUUCCUAUAAAUGCUUCAAUGCACAUUUAGUAUACAGCAAAUUCCAUGGCAUUUGUUUUGUUACGGGUAUGAUUAUUUUCUGAGAGACAUACCUCACACUUUUAAGGGGUGUUGGUUUGUCAUUCUCACCAGCAAAGAUUUGUACAACAGUCAACACAUUCGUAGAAAUGCUAUUGAUUAAAAUUUUUGUUUUUAUCCGGUGUUUAAAAAGGUUUCAAAUGGCCUGUGGAUGACCCGCGUGCAAUCAGCUAGUUGGCUGCCUUGCUCUGCAUCAGCAACACUGCCAUCUGUGCAAAGCCCACAAACACCUGUGCUUCCUGGGUGUGUGCCACAGGGAGUCACUGAAGCAGAGGUGGAGGGCGGAACGCAGUGCUGCAAAAGACAGUUCAUGCAAAGAGAAACUAAUUUAAAAACCGAUUAUAACUGUUACUGUAAGAUGGAGAAGUCACUGUAAAUGCUUCAAGCUGAAUUAAGAGCAGAGCUAAAUGAGUACUCCGAAGAUGACAUUGAUAGAAAGUAGGUAAAAUAUGGUUUAAGAAGCAGAAAAAUAGAUGGAUGAUGUGAUGGAGAAAUAUAAGCUUUUCCCAAGUCGUUCAAAUUCCUCCUCACUCCAACAUUAUUUCCCCUUGGAUAAGAAGGUUAAGCAGGAAAAACAUGAUCAUCAUAGGGCAAACUGGUGUCACAUUUUCAUGCAUUUUGUCAGUCUCAUUCUUACAAAUGUAGCUUGGGGAAAGAGGAGAGAGGUCACCUGUUCCUCUGACCUGAUCCAUGGAAUUAAUGGUUAUCAACGUCAAAACGGUCAAAUCUAAUUCCCCUCGGGCUUGCAGCGAGUAUUGGCUGAGUUUGCGUGUGUCUGCAGAAUUUCUGACAAGACUGCCAGUCGCCCUCCAGAGGAAGCCCGCUCCACAGGCCUCUGCUCCGUUCUCCUAUUCAUUCGCCAGAAUAAUUCACACUCAGCUAAAAACAAAGCCGACCGGCAAACAUUCUUUGGGGCUGAGGAAAGCGUGGAGAUAGAUGAAAGGAUAUCUGCAAGCUAAAGUGUUGCAGAUGUGGCGUGUGUGCUGCAGCGGCACUGUGGUGGGGGGGGGGGGGCGUACAUGCCUUGGUUUUCAAGCAGGGUUGAAUCUUAAAUGAUUAUUGACUAAGCCGUUUUUUGGAAAAGACAGAGUGGGGAAGGUGCCAUGGGCCAGUUUUACAGAACCUGACCAGCCUAAAAAUGAGCUCACAAAGACAUCUUUAAACUUUCCUCAGCCCAGUAACCAGUUGUGGAACGUUUACAACUUCACAGUUCUUCUAAUUAAAUCAUCAAAGGCCAAUCAAUCUGUCAUCUUAUAUAAAUAGAUGUAUUAUGGCUUCGGAAACAAAUUUCUCACUGUUUCUGGAUAGCUAUAAGGACAGAAUCACUGUAUACCCAUUUGCAACCUGAUGAGAAAAACAAAAGCGCCAAACUAACUGAGUCAAAUUCUUGAUGAGGCGUGUUUAUAUGUGUGUGUGUGUGUGUGUGUGUGUGUGUGUGGCAUGACUCCUGCAGGAUCAGCGAUAAUACUUUUAUUGCAGACAAAUACACAGAGAUGAGUAGGCUAGUAAUAAACUUUUGGCUCCACCACUAAGCCGACAGUCGAUGACUGCGGACCCUCUCCUUGUAUGAGUACCACUGCAUUGUCUUUUACAAUGACCUUGGCUCUUCACACAAUCCCAUGUCUGAUUGCAUUACACACACACUCACACACUGAGUGGCUUGUUAGCUUUUACAGCAAUUACUGGGGCGCAUGUGUCAGUGGCUGUUGGACACAUUCAUGUUGCAUCAAUAAUCAGAGAAGUUCUGUCUUGUGUUUCUUCAAAUGGGUCGCACUUUGAUUUUCUUUAACUAUAACUAAAAACAUACAGUCAAUACCAUAUACUAUGGUAAUAUGCUCACAAUGGCAAUGCUAAAAUGGUAAUGUUCAUUACAUAUAUUGUUUACCGUGUUAACCAUCGGAAUUUUGUGUUGGCAUACUAACAUUGGCUACUUAGCGUUAAGAAAAAGCUAUAGCUAAGGCCGAUGUCAUGAAUGACAAACUCAUUAAACUUUAGACCUUAUGAUGGUAAAGAGGUAAAGUAAGGCGUCACCAAAGUAACUACAACUCAUGGGAUUACAAAUGCCUGUAUCGAACGUCAUGACAAUCCAUCCAAUAGUUGUUGAGACAUCUCACUUAACACCACACAUGUGACCCUCAUGGUGGCGCUAUCGUGUCAGAUGAUCACCAAAGUCAUUAGGAUUCUCCUUUUGAAGGCCAUGGAUGCCAUUGGAUGAGUGAAAACUUACCUGAUGGCGCUAGAUAGAAAGACAGCACAUCAAUAAAAACAUCCCAUGUCGGUUCACAAUUUUAUGGCUAUCCAUCCAAUAGUUGUUGAGAUCUUUCAGUGUUGAGCAAAACAACGGACACUACCAUCCCUAUAGAGCCACACCAGUGCUGUUAUCGUGGUUGGGAAAGAAGCAGUUUACUCAGACAAAGCUUGCAGGGAAGAAGCUGGAAAAUAGUUUCCCUUCAAAAACGUGGAGUAAACUGUAUUUCUGCGUUCUUGCAUCACUAACUUGCAGAAAAAGGUUUCAAAAUUUCAAAAACGUGGAAUAAACAACAGGAAAGGUUAAGUCAACAAUGUUAGCUCAGAAAUCGGUAUGCUGAAAUUCUCAGAAAUAGCUGUUUUUGCCUUUUUUUCAAAUGAAAUUGAGUAAAUCAUUGAAAAACCCUCAAUAAAUGAAGGCAAUACAGCCCAUGUGGUUGUGCAACAUGAACCCAGAUAAAGAAUUAAUGAUCUGGAGUAAGAUUAGCGCCAUGUGGUCUUUUCUUCACAUGCUGCAGGGUUAUCAUGGACAGCACUUGCAUCCAUAAGGAGCUGAGACUGUGUAUGAAAGACAGACUGUGAGAGGUUAUUUCUUCAGGACUUGUUUGCUGACAUUUAGGGAAAGCCUGCACAGACAAACAAGUCCUUGCUGCAGCAUUAAUUCAGACAUGAAGCGAGAUGCAGUGAAACUAGUGAAGAACAGAAAAGACAUCAGAGGAGUCCGUCCCUCUGUGCCCUGCAUUUCAGGCCUCUCCAGCACAUAUUCAUUAUUCAGAGGGUGUUCCUCUUCAUCUAUACCACUGCUCUCGCCUUCUCAGUCAUCCCCACCAUAGAUUUAUAAUUUAUCACCCAUGCCUAUAAAUCUUUGAGUGUUUGUAGAACACCCGUUGGGAAAGUAUAAUUCAAUGAUCGGUGCACCAAAAGCAAGCUUGGUCUAUGAAAGUAAAAUUACAGAAGAUCCUGUGAAAAAGCCAGGGACAAUUGAUGAUAUUAUGUAACAGAUCUUCUAAAGUAUUGUCUGGGUGUUGGGCAGAUGCAGAUGCAGAGGAUUGAUUAUUUUGUUCCGCCCCCUUCUGUCUGUCCAAGCUCUAGUACCCGAGCAUAGCUGCGACACAGUGAUCUUCAGCAGAUGAGUCGCCCCAUAUCGUAAGUUAAGUGGUUUAGUGUUGUGCUGGCAGUUCCUAACGUGAUCAAUAGGCCAUGAAUAGUAAUAAUGUGUUGCCUUAUUAAAGCAAGACUAAAAAACUUCAUUGCCGUUGUCUGCUGACUCAGGAGCCCAAAUAACUUGGCCUGAACAACUGUUCACUUUAAAGAUGCUUAUCCCCAUGGGGCUUUGACUUUGGGUGUGUCACAUCGUUACUGCAAUAACGAUCUGACACAUCAAAAGCCUUCGUACUGUGCCUCUUUAGUGAACUGUAAAGCUCAUAAAAGAGGCAGUUCAUAGGCUGAAUUAAUAGUUGGCUAACGUUUAUUGGCAGGUUGGACCACUGAGAGGCAGUUAAUGGUAAUUUAUGAAGCAUUUGUCUGAGCUGUUUGUGGGAUAAUGAAGCCAUCUCAAAUCCAAGCAUGCCUACUUACAACCAUUUGAAAAGUGGUUGACAACAUUUCCUUCCUGAAUUAAUAUUUUGUGAGCUAUAUAGAUAGAUAGAUAGAUAGAUAGAUAGAUAGAUAGAUAGAUAGAUCAUAAUGUAGGCUACAUUGUUGUUUUGUUAGAUGGCCAAAUCUUUGAUGCUCAAUAUCUCAGAACAGAAACUGUAAUUGUAAUUUCGUGACCAUUACAGACUCAUGUCUGGGUUUCAUGUGUUGUCAAAACAUUUUGCUCUUAGGACUCUGAGCACCUUGUUGGUUUUGUUUUGGUUUGUGACACAUUCUGAUCUUCAGAGGAUUCAUGCAAACCGUCUGUGAGACAGCAGGAGGGAUGUGAACAUGGGGAAGCUUAUCACAUAUGAAAGGACUUGCUGGGCGCCCCACUGUGUUGACUUGCCCCAUGCAUGCAGAACAUUAACUCGGUUGUCUGAGCCUGUAGAUUGAUCCCUGCAUUACAGUGUUUAUCAUGUGCCAAUUAAUAUUGUCUGACACAGUAGGACUUCAUGGUGGACAUGAUCGGUGUAUGGUUCCCAAUUUUAAAUCCACAUGGCCCGCAUGUUGCACUGCUGCACAAUGAUAGGAAUUAUUUGGAAAAUUCCAAACGUAAUCUUUGAUUGUUCCUUAUUUAGUCGUAAAUAUUUAACGUUAUAGAGAAUACAAUACAAUAUUGUAUUCUCUAUUACAAAACCAUACAAUAUUUGAAUACACUUCAGGUCAUAUCUAUUCUUUCUCUCUUGCUCUUGACUCACAUGUUAAUGGAACUUUGCCCUGCACGUGUUGUUUUUUCAGAGUCUCAACACACUGAGGAACGGAGAUAAUGGGUUACAAACGUCUUUCCAGGUUAGCCGCUCAAGUGCACAUGUGUUACGCAUAACUUCAGCCUUGGAUUUUUCAUAACAAGGCACCAUCAAUGCUUCACUCAACUUGCCUUUGUUUUAAUCCUUUUUCUUGGUUACGCUGACACAUGUAUUUUCCAUUGUUGACCCUUGCACCUGUCAGGUUAUAUAACAGCACUAAGCCUGGAGAGUUGGUUUGCAGCAUGAUGGCUUCACUUUGACCAUGAGGGAUGGUAGGAAUGUUACUUUACAUAUAAUAACACAUGUGAAAAGUGUGAAUGUAUUGCAUCUUUUGUUUUGAUUCACCUUGGCUUGUAUUGUGAGCUUUUGGGGUCAUGUUCCAGAUUUGAGUCCAGACCUUUCUAUCCAUGCACACAUGAGGCGCGUAAUCUCUAUAAUUAAAAUGCUUGAAAAUCCUCUGUAAACUGGUUCUUAUGCAGACUACGAGGCUCCAUUAUUGUUAUUAUGUGUGUUAUGUAAAAAAAAAAAAAUGCUAAAUCCUAUCAUGCAUGGUAUGUCUGCUAGGACUGACUGCUAUCCUUAGAAAUGGCAAACAGUUUACAAUGUCACAUUUUUACUUUUUAUUUCCUUCUCUUGAUAGAACACUAUUGUGUAAAUGUCCGUCAGGCUGUUCAAUGAUCUAUUGUGCUUAAAUAAAGACAAUCUAUAACAGUAAAGCGUUAUAUCCAAUUUCUGAAAAUGUUCGGAAAUUCUGAUAUCUGAAUAAGCUUACAGUCCAGACGAUCAUACAUGGUGUGCAUCAAAAAAGACACAGUAGCAGAAAAAUGAACCCAAGCCUCUGUGUUUUGGUACUGUGGUCCCAUAUGUGCAGUCUGCUUUAGGGGGAGCUUAAUAAUAAUAUGUUUAAUGAUAAAUGUAUUGUUAAAUACCUCACAAUGAAUGUAUUUCUUAUGAAUGAAGUGGCGUCACCAGCAUCAUAAAACAGAAACAAACAGCAGCUCUAUGCAGUGUUAUGUUUAUUGGCCUGCUUGGAUGAGUUCCAAUUGUGACUGAACUGUGAACCUGGAAAUACAUGUUACUGUAGACUUAGAUCAACUUUUGUCACGUGAGGGGAAAAACGCAAGACAACAGUUGUAAUAGAAAACCUCUGUACAAAUAAUAGAUGGACUGAUUAUUUUUACUUGUUUCCAAAUAGGCUACUGUCUUCAGUGAGUUGAGAUGCUUUUUCCACUUUAAAAUGAUCAAAAUGUUUGUCAUUGAAACCCGUUACAAUGUAAGAUAAAAAAUCCUCGCCAUGUCUUGCACAUGCCAGAUGCCCGAAUAGCAGACGACAUCUAAAAUCGUUAGAAAUGUAUUUAUUCGUUUGCAAAAUGUGGUGAUUGCUGUACAAACACGGAUGAAAUAGCAUUUACCCAAUUAAAGUAAUAUUACGUGUACAAAUGUACUCAGUUGGUCAGUACAAGAAUCAACCGGAAUAGAGACACUUUAACAGCAGAAUAAAACAUCACAAAGGCAACCAAUUCAGAGACGUAAAGACAAUGUCUGCAACAGCAACAGCCCACAAACACAAAAGAGGGAACCUACACAGUUUUUGCAAACAAUGUAGCACACACACAUACACACAAACAGGGUUGUUCAUCGUAUAUAUUGUUGUACUCACCUGUCUCAACGGCAUUCUGCGAGUCUAGAGCAGUGCAGUGUCCUCCAGAAUCUGCUUGAGGUUCAACUUCUCUGCUUGUUCAUGCUCAAAGCAUUGAAUUAAAAAAAUAUAUUUUUUUUUUAAAAAGCUGAAGCUGAAUGCCUGUCUGUCACAGUUGUCAAAAACAGCAUAAAAGUGUCACACACCUCCCUGAUGGUAAAAGUUUGCCAAUGAAUGAAGAGGUUGCUGCUGGAGGAUCCACAAUGAGCGUUUUAGCAUUCAGCACCUGGUCGGGCCCUCACAUGGAGCUCUGUGGAGCUCAUGCCCUCCUGCAACACUCUUGCAGCUUCUUCUCUGCUGCAGCUUCUGGUGCGUUUGUGGCUUUGGAUCCUUUCUUUUAUUCCUUUGUUGUUCAUCAGCACUUUUUCAUGCAACUUUUUAUUUUGACUCUGUAACCGACGCGACUUGAAAAGUAGCAACAUACAAUACUUGAAAUGAAAAAAAUACUUACAACUUAAAAUUAGUUUUUUAUGAAAACAACUCUGUUACAGUAAUGACAGUAAUGUCAUUUGUUACUUCCACCCCUGUGUACAAAAUAUGAAAAAUGACACCAAUGUAUUUUUUGCUAGAUAAAUGAAUGUGGCAGAAACCAGCACAGAUGAACAUGCACUCCCCAGCGAAUGGGAGGGUAGCUGUGGCACCAGCAGCAGCCCCCGAUGGUGGCUACGCCUGGUUCAUUCUGCUCUCCUGCUUCCUGGUAUUUGGCCUGACCUUUGGAGUCAUUAAAUCAUUUGGUGUAUUCUACGUCGAGAUACACCAAUACUUUGAAACCACAGCAACAGGAACAGCUUGGAUUACCUCCAUUGCCGUGGCUACCAUUCACUUUGUGGCUCCUGUAGCAUCUGCUCUGAGUGCUCGCUACAGCCAUCGCUCUGUAGUGAUAAUGGGAGGACUGAUAUGCAGCGUAGGAGUCGUGUUUGGGGCUUUUGCUCGUAACCUGAUUGAACUCUACCUAACAGUGGGGUUCCUUAAUGGUUUUGGCUAUGCAAUGACAUGGACCCCCACAGUGACCAUGCUGGGCUUGUACUUUGAGACGAGGCGUCCGAUGGCAAACGCCGUGGCCAGCGCUGGAGAGUGCAUCCUUACCUUUGUCCUCACACCUCUAUUUCAGCUGUUGAUUGACAGCUACUCCUGGAGGGGUGCUUUGCUAAUCCUGGGGGGUCUGCAACUUAACCUCUGUGUGUGCGGGAUGCUGUUGAGGCCACUAAAAGUCACCAGAGACGUGACUUGUGAGGUCAAAGCAGAGGAGGAAGGCUUGUCCCUGGAAUUGCUACCAAUGGACUACUCAGAGCAAGGCAAACCAAGCUGCCAAGAUGCAGAGCUGAGCGUAUCUGAGGGGUCUGAUCAGGGUUUUAAUUCAACCAAGAAAGUCUCAGACAUCAGGACCAAGAAGGAUGAACUGAGGACCAAAAUCCUUAAAUAUGUAGAUUAUACCCUCAUCACCAAUGCUCGAUUCAUGGUCUACUCCAUGUUUGGGGUGUUUGCUGCACUGGGUUUCUUUGCCCCAGCUCUGUUCCUGAUUCCAUAUGCUCGUAGUAAGGGGAUUGAGGAGUACCAGGCGGCUGCACUCAUGUCCAUCUCUGCAGCGUUGGACCUGUUUGGAAGGGUGUUUUUUGGCUGGGUGGCAAACCUCAGACUGGUGGAUAUGGUGCAGCAGCUGACAGCUACAGUGAUUCUGCUGGGAACCGUGUUACUCCUCUGCCCGCUGGCCUCCUCGUUCUCAGAGCUAGCUGUUUUCAGCGCAGCUUUUGGCCUGGUGUAUGGUGCCACGGUAGCCAUCCACAUCACCGUGCUGGCUGAGGUUGUGGGCGUCAACAGGCUCGGAAGUGCGCUGGGUUUCUUCAUGCUCAUACGUGGUAGCGGAGGCCUGCUUGGACCGCCCAUUGCUGGAUUCUUCAUUGACAAGAUGAGUGAUUACGGAACGGGUUUCUUAAUGGCAGGAGUGGCUCUCAUCGUCUCUGCUCUGUUCCUGCUCCUCCUCCAUCAGAUGAACCGCAGGGGUCAAGGGUCAACCACCAAAAACAUCGAUACGCAUACUGACAAGAUGGGAUGAAGCGGCAGAGCUAAAGCAAAAGAACAGGACAUGACAUGACUGAAGGAAAAAUUGUUUCAGUUGCUGAUGUACGAUGAGUUUUUAAAGAGAUCUGGAGCUCCACGAUCACAGUCAGAGGCUAAAUCAAGUGAAGUCACACCUCAAGUGUUUCUACAAAUGCAAGGGACUGUACCAAAAUUGUUAUAUGUUUGCUAUAAAUUUGACAAUUUAUCAUCUAAAUCUUAAUGUGUGUAAUGGUUGUACACAAUGUGGAAAUUAAGUGCUUGUAUGCGUUUCCUUUUUUUGUUAUUUAUUGUUAAAAUAGUUUUACCCAUUGUAGCAUUUUAAGAUAUUGGUGAGAGAGUUUUGCAGUUUUUCUCUAAGUCAAGGGGCAAAUAGUAUUAAUGCCGGGUUUUGCUUUUUUUAAAUUAGCUUCAGCCUUCCUCCCUACCGCGAUCAUUUUUGUACAGUCCCUAAAGUGUUCAUAUUGAACCUUGAACUCGGGGUUGACCGUGGCUAAGUGGAGAGCAGGGCCGUCCUUCAAUCAAAGGAUCGGUGGUUUGAUCCCCGACUCCACUAGCCACAUGCCAAUGUAUCCUUGAGCAAGACACUUCACCCCAAAUUGCUCCCGUAGCUGUGCCUACGGUGUAUAGAUAGAUACUGAAUUGUAAGUCACUUUGGAUGAAAGCGUCUGCUACAUGACUGUAAUGUAAUGUAAUGAACUCACUCUCUGGAAUGGACUAAACUGCAGUAACAUAACAAACAGAAACUGUUUAUGUCAGGAAUGUGACAAUAGAGUCUCCUGAUUUUUUUAAUUGAUUUCGAUCAAAAUCACAAGUCCAGAAGUUGAUUCAAAAAGCCUGUGUUACAGAUACUGUCUUAAAGUCUGACUUUGUUA